AUGUUGUAUCCUCCAACUGUUGCGGACGAUGAGAUUGUGGAAGUGAUAGAAUCAACAGAUGACGAGAUUGAUGAGGGAUUAGAAGUGAAGAAAAAGCGACAGAAAGGGAUAAGCAAGGAUUUCGCCGAUAACUUUGUAUUCGAUUAUGUCAGUGGAGAAGACAAAGAAAUUGAUAUAUUGAAAAGUCUGCAGCCAUAUAUGAAAAAGGAAACCAGCAGUACACUAGAAGAAAAAAUUGAACGAGAACGCGCCAAACUUUUUAGUUUGGAACCACUGGGAAAGAUUCCUGAACUCGUGCGAGAAAUGGAAGACAUUUCUGAUAAUAUUCGUGAAAAGCAGCUGAAAAAAAGGAAAUAUUGUGCGACAGAUAAUUUUUUCGACGAUGCAACCAGUAGUAACGCGCUAAACGCAGAAGCAACUAUUUGUUUUGAUCAAAUGAAUCUCUCUAGGGCACUUCUGAAGGCCAUUACAGCAUGUGGUUAUAUUGAACCUACUCGAAUACAAAGUACAUGCAUACCCCUUGCACUUGCAGGGCGUGAUCUGUGUGCAUGUUCUGCAACAGGAACUGGUAAAACAGCUGCUUUCAUGUUACCCGUUUUGGAACGUUUAUUAUAUCGGCCACAACAAAGAGCAAUGACUCGAGUAAUUAUAUUGACACCAACAAGAGAAUUAGCUAUACAGACAUUUCAAGUCAGUCGGAAGCUAUCGCAGUUCAUGCGUAUUGACAUAUGUUUAUGUGCGGGUUCGUUUUUUUUACAAAUAUAG